UCAAAAUAUCAAAGAUAUGGGUAACUGUAUAAGCCUUAACGAUAGGGAUUAGCGAUAGGACUUAACGAUCCGAUAUCGAUUAACACAUUCCUUUCAAACCACCUCUCUCUCUUCCUCCAUACAGAGAAGACUCACCCGAAAUUAAUUGAAAUCUGUUUACAAGAUUUGGAUUCAUUUCACGCCUUGCGUUCUUCUCCUUCUUCACCAUCUUCUUCUUCUUCUUCUCGUUUGAACUGGUUCUUUUAUUAUCUCUCCGUACGAAUUUGAAUCUAGCAACCAUCCAUUACUCUUCUCGCAUCUUUGUGUUUUCUUGCUUUGGAGCUGUAUACGUUUAUAUAGUGUAGCCGAUUUAGUUUUCAGUAUUCGUUGAUUAGCUUUUUUUUUUCGGCUAUUUUGGGAAACAAAUUAGGUGAUUUGCUUCUGAGUUUGGGAAAUUAUAUUAGUAUCUAAGAGUUCAGUUUCUGAUUUUGGUGAUGCUUCUAAGAGUUUUGGGUUCUUUAGUAAAGUGUCAUACUUUCAGCGGGAAGUUUUGUACUUUCCUUUGUGGACCAUUCAACUAUUGAAUGUGGAAUGAUUGCUGAGAAUCUUUAGUAAGUCAUCAUCAUCAUCGAGACGUAAAAGAACUUGUCUUUUUUUAGGCUUAAGAGUGUGAUUCCAGAUGGAGAACGGGUUAUGGGAACUUUUAGGUUCAAAAGGGUUGUUGAAAAAACAUGAAUUUAUUAGGGUUUUGGUUCAGUGCUUAUACUCAUUAGGAUUCAAGAAGUCUGCUUCUUGUUUGGAACACGAGUCUAACAUCUUGUAUAAGUCAGCCGAUUUCGGGCUUCUCGAGAAGCAAGUUUUGAGUGGGAAUUGGGAUAGUUGCGUUGCGGUCCUGGACAGGAUUUUUGAUAGUUCCAGUGAUGACACGAGAAACACGGCUUUGUAUCUAGUGUUGAAGCAAUGUUUGGUUGAGUAUUUGAAACAAGGGGAUGUUUCUUUGGCCUUGAAUGUGCUACGGAAGCAAGCUCCGUUGUUAGGGAUGGGAAAAGAUAAGAUUCACAGGCUUGCUUGUGAUAUUGUUUAUUCUAAAGAGAUGGAAUCCGGUGAAGCAGACAGCUUUUUGGUUCAGGAUUUGAGGAAACAUUUGUUGGUUGAAGUUGAGAAGUUGAUUCCAUUGCCAAUUGUUAUUCCUGAGAGAAGGUUGGAACAUUUGGUUGAGUCUGCUGUGCUGCACCAGAUUGAUACAUGUCUGUAUCAUAACUCAUGGGAUGCAGUUUCACUUUACAAAGAUCACUGUUGCGGUAGAGAUCAGAUUCCUUCAGAAACAAUUCAGAUUUUGAUGGCACACAAAAAUGAAGUGUGGUUCGUGCAAUUCUCUAAUAGUGGCAAAUAUCUGGCCACUGCAUCAAGCGAUUGUACAGCUAUGAUAUGGAAGAUACUGGAUGACAACAAAGUCGAACUGAAGCACACGCUUGAGAGCCACCAAAAUCCAGUUUCUUUUGUCUCGUGGAGCCCUGAUGAUACUAAACUGCUUACAUGCGGAAACGCUGAGGUUCUUAAGCUAUGGGAUGUUGAAACAGGUGUGUUGAGACACACCUUUGGAAACAACAAUACCGGAUCCACGGUCAGCUCUUGUGCAUGGUUCCCUGACUCAACCCGGCUUGUCUGUGGCAGUUCUGACCCAGAAAGAGGGAUUGUAAUGUGGGAUACUGAUGGAAACGAGAUCAAAGCUUGGAGAGGAACGAGAAUUCCAAAGGUAGUGGAUUUGGCUGUGACGCCGGAUGGUGAGAGUAUGAUCACAGUGUUUUCGGAUAAAGAGAUCCGAAUCUUGCAUUUGGAGACAAAAGUCGAACGUGUUAUCUCUGAGGAACAGGCGAUUACUUCCCUUUCGGUUUCGGGUGAUGGUAAGUUCUUUAUAGUCAACUUGAGCAGCCAAGAGAUACAUCUUUGGGAUCUUGCUGGAGAGUGGAACCAACCAUUGAAGUUCUCGGGUCACAGGCAGAGCAAGUACGUGAUACGGUCAUGUUUUGGUGGGUUGGACAGUUCGUUCAUUGCCAGUGGAAGCGAGGAUUCACAAGUGUACUUAUGGAAUCUGAAGAACGCGAAGCCGCUUGAGGUGUUAUCAGGUCAUUCCAUGACUGUGAACUGCGUGAGCUGGAACCCGAGAAAUCCCCGGAUGCUGGCCUCUGCGAGUGAUGACCAGACCAUCCGUAUAUGGGGACCGGGCAAACCGAACAAGCCGGAGAAGUGGUUAGAUAACCAGAAAAUGCAGUAGCUUUAAACCAGGACCUAGUAGCUUCACAUUUGUGUAUAGUUCAUUUCUAUUUUGUUUGUUUGUUCCUUAUUGGGGGGCCUUGCAGAACGAUUUCUUGCUUUUUGAGUUUUGUUGAUACGUUGUGGUUUUUGAAGAACCGGAUUUGAGACAUGAACUGAAAACAAACCGGUGUAGGCAUAAAACGGAAACGAGCUAUAUGUGAGAUAAGUGUUAGGUGGUCGGCAGUAGUUUUCUAUUCAGAGCAAAGGUUGUGUUACCAUGUGGUCUUCCGUUACUUUAAAGUUUAAACAGAAUUUGUUAAGAAAUAUGAAUUUCGGAUACGCCCCUUAACUUCUGUUACUUCAA